AUCUCCCAAAUGUAAUCAUUUACCUGAGGUCAUUGUGUGAGGUUAGUACGUGUGCGUGGAGUUUGGAAUCUGACCCCCAUUCCGUCUAGAAAGACAAACUAUUUAUAUUGCUGUCGAUCUGUGAGGGGCUCUCUGCUUUGUAUUAGCUUAAUUCUGAAAACUUCACUUCAGUUACUCCAGCGUUAGUUUUAAAUGAGCUGCUAGAUUGUUGCAAUAAAUUGAAAUCGAAUAAUCUUAAAUAUGCUAAGGCUAAAUCUGAUUCUCAUCUGCUUAGGCUUUGCUCAAUUUUCUGCUGCUGCUAAAGUUUCAGACCAAACAGCUGGACCGAGACUCAACAAUGGAAAACUGUAUAAGUACAGCUAUGCUGCUGAGGUGCUGCUGGACGGAGCCAAAGGGACGAUUGAGGAAAACACGGGUUAUAGGAUUUCAACCAGCGUCAACGUCAACUUAGUUUGGAGAAAUCCAAGCAAUAAAGAUGAGCAGCUCAUAACAAUGUCGAUGAGUGACAUCAAGAUUGAAAAUGUGAACAAACGUGACGACAAGAGAAACAUCUUCCUGGGGUCGUCUGCAAAAAUCAUCCUGGGAAAAGACAAUCUGGCAGCUCUAGAAAAGCCACUUAUCCUUCACUUGAACUUUGGAAAGGUCAAAAGCUUGUAUUCCUAUCAGAAGGAACAUGCAGUCAUUAAGAACAUUAAGAGGGGUCUGGUCAGCCUCUUUCAGUUGCAGCUCAGCUCUGGCAGGGGGGAAGAGGAGGACGUGUCUGGAAAGUGCAAGGUUAAUUAUCAGGGUCGUCACAACCAGGUGACUCGAAUCAAGGAACUGGACAGCUGCAAGACUGCUGACACAGGCUUCACAAGUCACAGCAAGGUAUUGGGAGUUAGUAGCAAGUCCACAUCAGCCACUGUUUUUACUCUGGAGGAUGGGUUCAUCAAAUCGGCACACUCCGAGGAGAAUCACACUCUGUCUCUGAAUGCGCGACGGACUAUCACAGCCAAAAUUGUAUCAAAACAAAUGUUGCAGCUGGUAAAGAUUGAAGCUGGACCCAAAGAAACAGCUGGAAAAGAAGUGAAGAGUAUAAUCAAGACUUUGGACCCAAAGUAUGUGUCCAUCCCCCUGCCAGCUGAAACAGUCGAAUCAGAAUGCAAAGGCUGCCCCACUCUCUGGGAGCACUGGCAGUCAGUCAGUAAAGAAUUUGAACCCGAGAGCCUCUCCAAUGCCACAGCUGCCAGAAAAUUCCUCUCCCUGAUCCAGACUAUGAGGAAAGCAGGGAAGGAGGAGAUCCUGCAGGUGCUCACAAGUGCAAGCAGCUCUGUCCUCCCUCCAUUAGUGGACGCAGUUACCUCAACUCAAACCUCGGCCUCGCUAGAAGCUAUCCUGGAGUUCCUUGAUUUCUCCGAUGAGGAGGGUCUUGUGUUACAGGAGAGGUUCCUCUAUGCCUGUGGCUUCGCGUCUCACCCCAAUGAGGGAAUGCUAAAAGCACUGAUGGGCAUACGGAAUGGGAAAAUUAGCAGCAAUGACAUCAAGGAGUCUGUUGUAAUUAUCAUGGGAGCCCUUGUUAGGAAGCUUUGUCAGAAGGGAGGCUGUGAGCUUCCAGCUGUUGUAGAGACAAAGAAGUUGAUUUUAGAGGGCCCAGACAGCACUGAAGAGGAGUCGGAGAUCCAGAUGUACCUGCUGGCUCUGAAGAAUGCACUCUUACCUGAAGCUGUCCCUCUGUUGACAAAGUAUUCGGAAUCAAGAAGCGGGCCCAUCAGCAGCAUUGCCAUCGCAGCCCUCCAGAAGUAUGAUGUGUCCUUGAUGACAGAAGAGGUCAAGAAAACCCUGAACCGAAUCUAUCACCAGAACCACAGAGUCCAUGAGAAGACCGUCAGGACAGCUGCAGCGGAUCUCAUUUUCAGCAGCAAUCCCACAUACAUGGAGGUGAAAAACCUGAUGCUCUCCAUUGGAUCCCUGCCUCACGAAAUGAACAAGUACAUGCUCUCUAAGGUGCAGGAUAUCUUGCAUUUUGAAAUGCCAGCAAGUAAAGUGGUUCGGCAAGUGAUGAGAGACAUGAUUUCUCACAACUAUGACCGUUUCUCCAAAGUGGGAUCAUCGUCUGCUUUCUCUGGCUACAUUACACGCGAUCCGGACGCCACUUCCACCUACAGUUUGGACAUCCUUUACUCAGGGUCUGGUAUCCUGAGGAGGAGUAACAUGGACAUCAAGACUUUCAGCAAGGACACCCAGCUUCAUGCAAGCCAGGUUGUGAUUGAAGCUCAGGGUCUGGAGUCGCUGAUCGCAGCCACUGCUGAUGAGGGGGAGGAGGACCUGGAGUCCUUCUCGGGAUUGUCUGCUGUGCUCUUUGAUGUGCAGCUCAGGCCAGUCACCUUCUUCAAGGGUUACAGUGACCUCAUGUCCAAGAUGUUCUCAGCAACGGGGGAGCCCAUGAAUGUGGUCAAGGGUCUCAUUCUGUUGGUGGACCACUCACAGGUGAUCCAGUUACAGUCUGGACUGAGGGCCAGUGCAGAGUUCCAGGGAGGGCUGGCCAUUGACAUUUCAGGUAGCUUGGAGUUCAGCCUCUGGUACAGAGAGUCCAAGACCAGUGUCAAUAACAAGGGAGCGAUGGUUGUAACUGGCAAUAUUACAGUGGAUAUGGACUUUGUUAGAGCUGGAGUGGAAGUCAGCUUUGAGACUGAGACUGCGCUGGACUUCAUCACAACAGUGAAAUUUUCACAGUACCCGUUUUUGGUGUGCAUGCAGAUGGAAAAAGCUCAGUUUCCAUUCAGACAAUUCCUGACCAAGUAUGAAAGCCUGCCUUCUGGAAAGCAUUACAUCUCUCGUAAAGGCAGGAGAGAAAUUGUGCCUGGUUCAGAAUUCCCACUCCAUCAGGAAAACUCCAACAUGUGUAAGAAAGUGUUUAGUGAAGGGUCGGACUGGUAGAGAUACAAAGAGAAAACGCUGGUAGUGGCAUAGGGGCUGACAGCAGUAACUAGUGAAUUAAGAUGUACACGAUUCAAAUGAUGUACAUCCAGUGUUUUACAUACUUACAGCUAUUUAAAACUUUUGUAAAGUAAAAGACCUACAAGGCAUUGAUAUGGGACACAUUUAUUUUGUUUCCUAUUGUUUGAGACCUCGUAAAAAGAGAUGGCACAAAUGUCUUAAGUCUUAAACUACACUACAGCUCUGUAUGUGAAAAAAAAUUAAAUAAAUAAAAAUAAAAAAAGGCUUUCUAACUCCUAAGUAGUUUAACUUUAUGACAAGAGUACUAUCUGACAUUCCCCUUUUGCUGUGAAUCAUGUGGUCACUGUUAUAUAGAUUUUCAUUUUGUAUUAUUUAUUGGUAGGUCUGUGAAAAAACAAGGGUUUUGUAAACUUUUUUUUAUUUUUUUUAAUACACCACCCACUCUAUAUAUUGCAGGUGUCGGUGUCCAGUAUCAAUCCGCUAUAUAUCGAGGGCCGCGAUAUAGUGAGAGACCCAUAGAAAAACAAAUAGGCUAACAAAUACUGUACAACCACUCCCUCGUUUUAUCGGGUGCGUCAGGGUCCAGUAUAAAUCCUUUCCGAACUCCCUUUUUCCCAUUUUUCGUAUAAAAAGCAGAACACUGUUUUAAUUCAUACUGUGGAGGGUAAUUGCUUCUCAUCAACUUCAGUC